AUGGCUUUGAGAACUGCAUUCAGAGGCAGAGCUGCCUUAUCAGGUCUUCUCUCCUGCAGCAGUCAUGGCAGAUUGUCCCCCAGCUUCAUCUCUCAAAGGAAAAACUCCACCUCACCCAAGAUCAAGGUGGAUUAUGACCAAACUACAGGUGUGGCCGUGAUGCGUAUGCAGAGUCCUCCGGUCAACAGCCUGAGUCUAGAUUUCCUCACAGAAGUCUGCAUUAGUUUGGAGAAGCUGGAGAUGGAUAAGGGUUGCAGAGGCAUCAUCAUCACCUCGAACCAGCCCAAGGUGUUCUCUGCCGGCCUGGAUAUCCUGGAGAUGUACGGCAAGAGCCCCGAGCACUGUGGGGAGUUCUGGAAGGCCGUACAGGAGAUGUGGCUGAAACUUUACGGCUCCAACAUGGUUACGAUUGCUGCAAUUAACGGCUCCAGUCCAGCAGGAGGCUGCCUGAUGUCUCUGACGUGUGACUAUAGGAUCAUGGCUGACAACCCGCGGUACAGCAUCGGUCUGAAUGAGACGCAGCUCGGCAUAGUAGCACCUUUUUGGUUUAAGGACACUAUGGUCAACACAGUGGGCCACAGGAACACAGAGAUGGCGCUGGAGUUAGGUUUGCUCUACAAGCCUGCAGAGGCCCUGAAGAUAGGACUGGUGGACCAGCUGGUGCCUGAAGAUCAGGUCCUCACUGCUGCCACACAGACCAUAACCAAGUGGUUGGCUAUUCCAGAACACGCCAGACAGAUCACCAAGUCCAUGAUGAGGAAGCAAACCAUUGAGAAGCUAAGGUCCAACAGAGAGGCCGACAUCCAGAACUUUGUCAACUUCAUCACCAAAGAAUCCAUCCAGAAGUCGCUUCGCAUGUAUAUGGAGAUGCUGAAACAGAAGAAGGCCUGAAGAUCAAGGGGACACGGUCAUACAGAGUCUACAGAGGAACUGGAUGCAGGACCUGACAGCUCAUCGUUUAGUGCUCACUGAGGAAUGAUCCGUUAUCAUCGAUUUAUCAACUUUGUGUUUUGUUGGUCUGAAAGAGACAAUAGCAAAAACCUAAAGUUGAGUUAAGAUGGUUUGAAAUUAAACCUUAGAAUUGAGUGAACAUUGAUUUCAAACCCGUCAGGUUUAUGAUAAUAUGAGCCUUUAGCCUGUAAGUGCCUUUCUUUCUGUACAUUUAAGAGUCCUAACAGCCACUGCAGCCAGUGGUGAAUAUAAGUAGAUAGUUAGAGCCAAACUAUUGGCGAUCUCCUCAGAGUUCUGUCCAUUUCAUACUGUGAAUUUCUCAAUAAGGCUUUAGAAUAUUAUGGUGGGUAUAUGGAAGUUUUUCUUUUUUUAAUCUAACACAACCAUUAUGUUUCUUCAUUGACUUUAAUAUUACUCCAUGGCUCAGAAUAAAAUGUUUCCCUACUAAAGGUCUA